AAACAAUAUGACAGCACGGACAGGGGGCUCUGUUCUUCUGGAAUGUGCGAGGAUGGCCCGGUCGUGACAAAGGCGGUGGGUGAUUAUGUAUCAAGGACGGGGGGUUUUGAGUCGUUACGGGGAGAGAGAAGACUCAGAAGAGGCACUUACCAGAAGGCGGCGUGGCACAGUACGGUCGCUAUAGCGCCCUUCCACAGGCUGGCCAAGCGUUCUGUUUUGUCCACGGUUCUCUUCGUUAUAGACAGCGUCCUCAGGAAAGCCACGGCCGGGCACGCGAGGCUCAUCUUUCAAAGCGAGAUUGAGAUUCUCGGGCUACAAACCGCGACAAGAGGACAAUGCCGUGGUCGCCGUCUCCCGGCUCCUUCUCCCGGAUCUGCCUUCCAAGUUCCAACACUCCACCGCCAGCCUUUCCUCGGCGGGUCUAAAAUCGCUACGGGGAAGGCCGUCCUGAUUGCCGCGAGCCGCCAGGCGGGACCGAGGAGGUGGAUUCGGGCGGUCUGUCGAGACUACUGGAUCUGCUAG